AUGGCAGAAACGGGCAACACGAAGCUGCUCAUCAAGCACGUCGACAUCAGCUCGCUCGCCUCCGUCCGCGCGUUCGCGAAGGAGAUCGUCGCGACCGAGCCCGUAAUCGACGUGCUGAUACACAAUGCCGGUGUGGCGCAGGGCUUCAACAACAAGGUCACCUCGGACGGGCUGGAGUUUACGAUGGCGACCAACUACUACGGACCGUUCUUGCUGACCCAUCUGCUGAUAGAUUUGCUCAAGCGGUCCGACCAGGGCCGCAUCGUGAUCGUGUCGUCGAAGCUGUACCAGUUCGCUUCGCUCAAUCCGGCCAACAUUAACAGCAUCAACCCGAUCAACUACUUCUCGCUCUUCCCCAUACACCUGUACAAUCUGUCCAAGUUUGCGGAGAUUAUGUUCACGCAGGAGCUGGCCCGCCGGCUGCGCGGUACGAAGGUGACGGCCAACUGCCUACAUCCGGGCGUAAUCGAUACCGGCAUCUGGCGCAACGUGCCGUUCCCGAUCAGCAUACUGUUCAAGCCGAUCCAGAUGUGCUUCCGCACGCCGGAGGAAGGGGCGCGCACGAGCAUCUAUCUGUCGGUGUCGUCGGACGUGGAGCAGAUCAGCGGCCAGUACUUCCGGGGCUGCAAGGUGCAUCAGCUGAACCGGCGUGUGCAGCACGUCGCCCGGCAGCACGAUCUGUGGGAAGCGUCCAAGAAGCUGGUGAAGCUGACGGCCGACGAUCCACAGAUUUAG